UUAAUUUAUCUUCCCUACAAAAAUGGGUUGUGGAGUCCAGUCUCCCUUCUCCUUCUCAUCAUCAAUAACUUCAUUUUUUUCAUCCCAAUGAACUAUAUUUAUUGACUUUACCUUGUAUUAAUUAAUUCAUCUUUAUAUAGGAAAAUAUUAUUUGGCGUUGUAGAAAUGAGGAAGAUAAAUUUUGGUAAAGUUUUAGAUUGCUUUAGUACUCUUUCUUCUUCUGGAUCUUGUUUUUGCAUCAAUCAAGUUGGAGUUCAUGAUGAUGAUGAUGAUGGAUUUGAAAAGAAGCCAUUGAUGAAUAAUAAUUCAUUAAAUCAAGAUGAUGAACAUGAGUUGAUGAGAUUGAAGGAUGUUAUUAAUGUAGGACCUCCAACUCUAGCUUUCCAAUUGAAGCCUAAGAUUGUGGUGCUAAGAGUUUCCAUACAUUGCAAUGGUUGUGCAAGGAAAGUUGAAAAACACAUCUCCAAAAUGGAAGGGGUGGAUAUGUACCAAGUAGAUUUGGAGACCAAGAAGGUUGUUGUUAUUGGAGACAUAAUACCUUUUCAAGUGUUGGAAAGUGUUUCAAAAGUAGUCAAAAAUGUUGAACUUUCAAGUUGGAACACUCCUGAAUGUUGAAUUUUAUAUAAAAAUUAAAGAAGGAAAAAAAAAAUUAAAAAAAGAGCCAAAAAUAUUUAUGAUUGAAUAAAAAAAAAGGCUAUGCAAAUAUUGCAACUAUAUAAUAUUUACAUGUACUAUUCUGUAUAACCAGCAUUAAAAUGAAAAUGAAGCUUAUGUACAUUAUGUAAUUUUGUAUCAGAAAAGAAAAAUUGCAUCAA